AUUGGAUCGAGCGACCAAGCUCCUCCGCGAAGCGGCGACACCUCAUGGCCCCAGCGUCACUGCAUUAUCACAACUGAUCUCACUCUGGGGGCAGCGAGUUUCACAAGUCGACAGCGUUGGCCUCUGUGUCCCAAAAGCGUUCCCGCGGCAUCUCUCGUGGCGUUCACUCGAGCACGACAUUGCACGACCGUCGCCGCCACCUGACACAGGAACAUUCGCGGCCUGACUGCCUUGCCAUGAGCCACGAAACGGCAUCACAGCCGACUGCGGCCGAUGACCAUACCUGGAACGGCGUCGAGGAGAGCAUCGAGGAUCCCGAAGAGGUCAGAGUCAUAUUCUGCGCCCUAGAUUCGUUCUCGUGAGUACUGCGAUACAUCCACCUGAACGUCAGCUGCGAGAAAGGUGACGGUUGAGGAGCAGCGUCUGCGACUAGAGCUGUAACUUACACCGGCACUCUGAAUGAUGCGAGCCGUGGUAUCACAGCAUUCAUCGGCUUACGCCCGCUUUCGCCCGUGCCAGUCUGAUGCUGAGAAGCCCCUAGGCAAUACGCCAAAGCAGCACACUUCAACCUCACCCACCUCCGACGGCGCUCAUUCUAUGCUCUCCCGCAGGCUCACUGGAAGCUCCUUGCGGACCAGCCAUUCAACUUCCUCGAAACGCUAGACAAGGUGGACGAUGCCAUAGACUCCAAUGCCGAACUGGCUCGUGCCAUUGUCGAGGUUGGACUGACGGCUUUUCGCUCCCUCGCCACCAUGCCGCAGGAGUGGGUUGGCAUCGCUAAGCACUCCGACAUUGACAAGGCCAGGAGCACGAUUCGCCAAUUCUACCGGGAUUGGACGGAAGAGGGUGCGGCGGAACGCGAAGCCUGCUAUGGACCGGUCAUGAGGACCAUGGAGAAGGAGAGGGCGCGGCUGCCGGACAAGGGGCCGCUCAAGGUGCUCGUGCCGGGCGCGGGCUUGGGGAGACUGGUAUUUGAGCUAUGCCGCAGCGGGUACGUGGCGGAGGGUAACGAGAUCUCGUACCAUCAGCUGAUGGCAUCGUCGUACAUUCUCAACGAGUGCGAGGCCGCGGGGAAGCACACCAUAUACCCCUGGGUGCACACCUUCUCGAAUCACCUCACGCGGGCGAAUCACCUCCGUGGGUGCAAGGUCCCCGACAUCCACCCAGCUACGACCCUCGCCGCCAAUAGCCAGAAAGUCGGAGGCAUGUCCAUGUGCGCAGCCGACUUCCUGUGCCUCUACGGCGACGACGCACACCAAGAGGCCUACGACGCAGUGGCGAGCGUCUUCUUUCUCGACACGGCACCCAACCUGAUUCGAUACCUCGAGGUCAUCUACCACUGCCUCCGGCCCGGCGGCGUGCUCAUCAACAUUGGGCCCCUGCUCUGGCACUUUGAGCACAACCCGCCGGGGAACCACGGGACGGACGACGACGGCGACGGGCAGCAUGACCUCAAGAACUCAUCGGGCAUCGCGGACCCGGGAAGCUUCGAGCUGUCUAAUGAUGAGGUUAUGGCUUUGGUGGGGAGGCUAGGCUUUGAGGUCGAGUGGCAGCAGGCCGGCAUCGAUGCGCCGUAUAUCCAAGACCGCGAGAGCAUGCUGCAGACAGCGUACAAGGCCAGCGCAUGGGUGGCGCGCAAGCCGGCGGCGGUCACGACAUGAAGCGGGACGACAGCGCACACUAUGGAGGAGACAGAAAUGAAGGAGCACGUCGAACAAAUCCGGGCAUCAGGGCAGCGAGGAAUCAUAGCGUGCACGAAUAGAAAUAGACUCGAUUCCCUAGGGUGGCUGGGCCAUGAUGGCCCGGAGACUACCAAUUUUCC